AUGGCGGCAGCCGUAUCCCAGUCAGAGCCUUCUGGCUCGCAGAAUAUCUCGGCUCUGCUCGAGACCCUCACCACGUGUCUCAACAGCACCGGAUCAUCGCUCCCUAAGACGAAGCGGGAUGCGCCAUCAGAUGUGUCGAUCGAACCGCCGCAAGAUGGCAUUUCGCUACUUGAUACCAAGUCAGAUCUCCUCCUUUCCUACAUGCAGAACCUCGUAUUCUUGGUCAUAUUCCAGUUGAGGGGUCUCAAGUCAUCCGCGGACAAGGACGCCGAAACGAACGACUCGCUUCCGGACGAUAUCGUAAAGAAACUCGUUGAACUACGUGUCUACUUGGAUCGCGGUGUCCGGCCUUUGGAAGGACGGCUGAAAUACCAGGUUGACAAGGUUAUCAAGGCUGCAGAGGAUGCGGAGCGGGCUGAGCGCGGGGCCGCAGCCCCCAAGAAGAGCAAGAAGGCUAAGAAGUCCGCUCGCGACGAGGAGUCUGGCUCCGACGAAGGUAGCAGCGACAGCGAGGGAGACAGUGAGGAGGACGAGGAGGAUGAGGAUGAGGAGGAGGAUAUAGAUGAGAUGGCAUUCCGGCCUAACGUGUCUGCCUUUUCCAAGAAGGUCGAGCCUGAGGCCAAGCAGGAUAAGGCGACCGCGAGAGCGACAAGCGACGGCAUCUACCGACCACCUCGCAUCAUGCCCACAGCCCUACCGACUACCGAAACCCGGGAGCGCAGGGAACGCCCGCAACGCAGGUCCAAUGUCAUUGAUGAAUUCGUUAGCGCCGAGAUGUCAUCCGCACCUAUGGCCGAGCCCAGUAUCGGGAGUACGAUCGUACGUGGUGGACGACAGACGAAGUCUAAGAAGGAUCGCGAGCGUGAGGCUGAGCGGACGAGAUAUGAAGAAACCAACUUCGUGCGUCUGGCGAAGGAGAGCAAGAAGGAUCGGGCCAAACGUCUGCGUGCUGAGGGUCCGCGAGGCACCUUUGGCGGGGAGGAAUGGCGUGGUCUUACUGAGGGAGCAGACCGGAUCACAAAGCUCACCCGGAGAGCCCAAGGAAGCGGCUCAGCGCUGGAUCGGAGUCGGAAGCGCAAAAAUGAAGACGGACAGCGCGAUGAUGGGAUGGGAGUGGGACAGAUCUUCGAGAAGCGUCGCAAGAAGGUGGACAGCUGGAAGCGGUGA